AUGAGACUCCUCAAUCUCGCAGCCCUCGCAUCCGCCGUGGUCGCUCAAUCCGACCUCGCCAGCAUUCUCUCCUCCCAAUCCGACCUCUCCACUCUCGCCGAGCUCCUCGCUCUCGUGCCCGACAUCGCAGAGACUCUGGCAUCCGCCAGCAACAUCACCAUCUUUGCUCCCACCAACGAGGCUUUUGCCUCGGUCCCCCGAGACAUUCCUGAGGGUGAAGCUAUUUCUCAGCGCAACGACACCAUCGCCAUUGGUGCUCUGUUGUCAAACCAUGUCUUCAAGGGCUAUUAUCCUGCCAAGGUUGCUACCGACAUUCCUGUGUUUGUGCAGUCGCUUCUAGACUCGAGCUUUGUCAAUUAUCGUCAGCCGUUUGGCAACUUUACGGGUGGUCAGUAUAAUGGUAUUGUGAAGGAUGGCGAUGAUGUUGUUGUCAUCUCUGGAGAAGAGACUCUAUCCUAUGUGACUGAAGCCGAUAUCAGGGUCGGUGACUCGGUCAUCAUCCACAAAGUCGACAAGCCUCUCAGCUUCGGUGCUCCUCUCCAACUUUUCACCCGCCGCGACAACCUCCUCAACUUCAACGCCGCUCUCAACGCAGCUGACCUCCCCUACAACUUUGGCAACUUGGACCGCGACUCCUCUACUCUUGUCAACAUCUCUGACUUCACCGUCUUCAUCCCCAACGACCCUGCCUUUGAGGCUAUUGGUUCAGUCCUCGAGAGCGCUGAUCUCAAGACUCUGCAGGAGGUGUUGAAGUACCACAUUGUCGACGAUGUUCUCUUCUCUACGGAUCUGGCCAACGUCAGCGUUCCUAGUCUGCAAGGUGCUGAUUUGACGUUUACUGUUGCUGAGGAUGGAAGUGCUUGGGUGAAUGGUGCUAAGAUUCUCUUCACCAAUGUUCUUCUCUUCAACGGUGUCGCUCACGUUAUCGAUGGUGUCCUCAACCCUGCCGACGACCCCUUUGACCGCGCUGAUCUCAAGCCCGCCGCUGAAGCUGAUGACCGCCUUGCUUUCCCGGGCGCAACCCCCGUCUCCAAGCUCCCUUUCUCAGUCAUCAGCUACGCCGACGACAGCCAGCCUACUUACACCACCCCCGAACUUCUCAAGACACUCAAGGCCAUUGAUGUCUCUGCUCUUGCUACUGUCACCGCUACCGCUGAUGCUACUACUGGUGCUGGAGAGACUACUCCCACUCCUACCGGAGUCACCCCUGUUGUCAACUCCGCAAGCUCCAAGUUCGUCGCUGGAGGAGCUAGUGCUUUCGCCGUUCUCAUUGCUCUCCUGAUGGUUUAA